UCGAAAUAUUGCAAUCUUGAGAGAAAAUGGAGUGCCGGAGUCUAAUAUCGUGCGUUUACUAACAUCCUGUCCCAGAUCGAUGACACCUAAAAAUGUUCGCUUCAAACAGAUAGUUGAGGAGAUUAAGCUAAUGGGUUUCAACCAUUCACAAUACAUGUUUAUGCGUGCUCUCCAUGUGUUAACAUCAAUCAACAAAUUGACAUGGAAGCAGAAAUUGGAGGCUUAUAGAAGUUGGGGUUUUUCUGAGAAUGAGAUUCUCAUGGCAUUUAGGAGGUACCCUAAUUUUAUGGCACUGUCUGAGAAGAGGAUAAUGAGACAUAUAGAUUUCUUUCUUAACAAAAUGGGUUGGGAACGGGCAGUUAUCUUCACGUACCCGGACAUUCUUGGGCUUAGCUUGGAGAAGAGAAUUCUUCCAAGGUGUUCAGUUUUUCGAGUAUUGAUAUUGAAAGGUCUGAUGAAGAAAGAUCGUCAAAUGGGAUAUCUAUUGAAAGAAAGUGAGAAGCUUUUCUUGGAGAAGUCUGUGACAAAAUAUGAGAAAGAAGUUCCUCAACUCUUGGAUUUAUACAAAGGGAAUAUUAGUCUGCUAGAACUAGGAUAUGGAACUCAGGAAGUGUGGAAAGAACCUACUGGUAAAAUACCCAAAUUUUUGAAAUUUGACAAAUAGAUCUAAAUAUUUCUUU